AUGCGCCCGCUCCGCGAGGACGCGGACGUCGAGGCCUGGCCCGAGAUGCCCCUCCCGGCGUCGCCGACGCGCGCGCCGGACGACGACGACGCGCCCGCGCCGACGCGCGCGCCGGACGACGACGACGCGCCCGCGCCGACGCGCGCGCCGGACGACGACGACGCGCCCGCGGCGCCGGACGCGGACGCGGCGCCGGCCGCGGCCGCGCCGUCCCUCGCGGGCAUCGCCGGCGAGGCGCGCGCGCGGCUCUCGGCGGCCAUGGUCCGGCUCCUCAACGCCGCGAGCCAGGACGAGCUCAAGGACGUCCUCGCGGGCAUCGGCGUCGUCCGCGCGCGGCGCGUCGUCGAGGCGCGCGCGGAGCGGCCCUUCGACGACCUCGACGAGGCCCUCGCGCGCCUCGGCCUCAGCAAGCGCCAGGCCGAGAACAUCGACUCGCUCCCGGCCACCGUCUUCGCGGAGCAGGAGUCGCCGCUCGCGCUGGCCCAGCGCGUCGCCGCGUCGGCCCUGCGGCGCGCGGGCGCCCUCGUCCCCUGCGGCGCGAUAUCGUCGCCCGCGUGCCUCGGCGCCGCGCGUCGCUGCGUCGUCGAGCGCGAGUCCUUCGCGGAGCACGCGUGGGCGCCGUUCCGCGCGCUCGCGCUCGCGCCGGGCCUCGCCGUCGCGGCGACGCUCGGCGCCUACGCGGUCUUCGUCGUGCUCUACGGCGUGCUCUGGGCGCCGCUGACCGCGGUCCUGCCCGAGCCGCUCGCGUGGGCGUGCGUGCUGCUGGGCCUGAGGCGGGGCGGCGGCGCGCUCGCGCGCUUCGCGACGUUCCCCGGGUCCUUCGCGACGGUCCGCGGCGAGGUGGAGCGCGAGUACGGCCGGCGGCUCCUGGGGCGCCUGGAGCACGCGUGCUACGCCUUGGAAUCCUGGUGGAUCGACCUGCACCCGCGCGCCGCGUCGGCCGUGGACCAGGAGGCGUUCGCGCGCCACUGCCGCGAGGCCUGGGAGGCGCGCGACGCGAUCCUCAAGCCCGUGCUCGACGCCGUCGACGCCGCGCGCGGCGCGGGCGACGUCGACGUGGGCGACGUCGCGGACCUGCCGGACCUCACGCCCCGCGCGGCGGAGGCGCUCGAGGGGUUCCGCGCGUGCCUCGCGGCCGCGGUCGACGCGUGCGGCGCCGCGGAGCGCGCGAGUUUGGAGCUCCUGGCCCUGCGGCCGCGCCAGUUCACGGCCGCGCACCGGGACGCGACGCGGCGCGGCGCGCCGGGCGCCGCCGCGGCGCUGAAGCUCAUGGACGCGUGCCGGGCCCUCGCGGCGGCCUGCCCGCGGCUCCGCGAGGGCGGCGACGGCGACGGCCGGCGGCGCCAGGCCCCGGCGCCGGGCGCGGCCGCGGCCGCGGGCCGGCUCGCGCGCGACGCCGCGGCCGGCGUCGGGCGGCUGCUGCGGUCGCCCUGCCCGCCGCCCGCGGACUGCCCGCUGGGCGUGGGCCUAUUGCGGGCCGAGUUCGUCUUAGCCUACGGCGCGACGCAAUUUUGGGUCGACGCGGCCGACGGCACGCGGCUCGACUGCUGCGUCGUGCCGCCGUGCUUCGGGCGGCCCGAGGCGGAAUCGGCCCCCGAGGCGCCGCCGGACCCGAGUCCCAGCGCGCGGCGGCGCGGCGCGAGCCCGUCGCGCUGCUGCCGGCGGCAGGCGACCGGCGACGACGCGUUCCCCGCGCGCGGCGCGGCGCGGCCCGCGCCGACGGUGCUCUUCUUCUCGCCCAACGCCGUGCUCUACGAGUCCUUCGGCAUGGCGCCCGUCGACGGCGCGGGCUGGGUCGCGACCUACGCGCGCCUGGGCCUCCAGGUCGUCGUCUGGAACUUGCGGGGCUACGGGCGGACCAAGGGCGCGCCGCACCCGCGCCGGAACGCGGACGACGCGUUGGCCGUCGUCGCCUAUUUGCGGGACCGCUGCGGCGUUACGAAGCUCGUGCUCCACGGCGAGUCCAUCGGCGGCAUGUGCGCGACGCGCGUCGCCGCGGCGCUCGCGCCGCCCGGCGGCGCGCCGGACGGCGCCGCGCCCCUGGCGGUCGCGCUCGUCGCGGACCGGACCUUCGCGAACCUGCGCGUCGAGGCCCAGUACUUGACGGGCGUCGCCGGCGUCGCGUCGCUGCUGGGUCUGGUGACGGGCUGGGGCGAGCGGGACACGGACUCGCGCGCCGACUACGCGGCGGCGCACUGCCCGAAGCUCGUCGCGUGCGACUGCCGCGACCACAUGAUCCCGGACCAGGCGUCCCUCAAGGCCGGCGCGGCGGCCUUCAAGGUGCUGGGCGCGGCGACGCUGCGGCGCGCGGACCUCGACGGGGCCCUCCGCGUCGCGGACCUGAGCGGGCUGGCGCCGCCGCCGCCGGACGGCGACACGCUCCGCGCGCUCCGCGCGGGCGCGCUGACGCCGGCGAGCCUGGCCCAGCUCUUCGCCGCCGUGCGCCACGUGCACCGCAGCGCGCGCGCGCGCGCGCCCCGCGCGGCCGCGGCGGCCGCCGCGGACCCGCGCGCGCCGCAGCCCUUCGCGGACGUCGAGGCGGGCGAGGCCGCCGUCGCCGGCGCCGCGGCGAUCCUAGCGCGCGUCGACGGGGGCUGCGGCAUGGCCCUGGGCCAGGCCUGCGGCCUGGACCUCGGCGCGCUCACGUCCUGGGCCUGCGCGGCGGCCGCGUGGCCCAACGGCGCCGCGCACAAGCUCCUCGACGGGCCGCCGCCGGACGCGCUCGCGAAGAAGGGCGGCGGCGACGGCGACGACGACGACGACGACGGCGGCGACGACGACGGCCUCGACUGCGCGCCGCCCAUCGCGCCCCGCGACGCCGCGGCGGCGCUCGCGGAGCUCCGGCGGACGCGCGGCGACGACCUCGGCGACGCGGCCGACGCCGUCGCCUACGUCGCCGAGUUCCUCGCGAAACUCGCGGACGUCGCCGACGCCGCCGUCGCCGCCGCCGCCGACGCGCGCGACCCGGCGCUCGGCGCGCUCCUCGUCCUCGGCUGCGGCCACAACGCGCCGUGGCGCCGCGGCGAGCGCGACGCCUACCUCGCCUGGCUCGGGAAGGAGCUUUAA